AUGACUCCGCUCUCGUUUCUCAACAUGCAUUUUAUCAGCUUCUUUUCACUACUGUGUCUGUUAUUGUCAAGAGCAGACGCUCGCUAUGGUCAUGGUUUGGUUCGUUGCCAGUUUACUUCAAAUGAUGGCCAUGAUGCUGUUUACCUGGAGCAGAUCUACAUCAACAAGGUGCUUCUAGUCCAAUACAACAGCACUCUGGGAGAGUAUGUCGGCUACACGAAGAAAACAAAGGAUAUUGCAGAUGGUCUCAACAAAAGUAAAGCUUUUUUAAAGCAGGAAGAAAAGAAUACAAAUGCAUGCAAAACCAGCAUCCCAUUUGUAGCUGAUGUCUUAUUGAAAUCAGUCGAGCCCAACGUCAAGAUGAGGUCAGUUGAGGCAGCGAGCAGCAGACAUCCAGCCAUGCUCGUCUGCAGCGCGUACGGCUUUUAUCCCAAACAAAUCAGAGUGACAUGGCUUAGGGACAGAAAGGAGGUGACAUCUGAUGUGACGUCCACUGAGGAGAUAUCCAAUGGGAAUUGGCUGUACCAGAUCCAGUCUUAUCUAGAGUACACACCCAUAUCUGGAGAGAAGAUCACCUGCAUGGUGGAGCAUGCCAGCCUCAUGGAGCCCAAGUUUUAUGACUGGGACCCCAUGCCUGAGUCAAACAUCAAUAAGAUUGCUAUUGGGACAGCAGGGCUGGUGCUGGGUCUGGCCUUUUUCAGUGCUGGGCUGACUUGCUACAUGAGGAACACUAAGAGAGGACGAAUGCAGGUACCAACAAGUUGA